AUUUGAUUUUAUAUAUAUCUGCUGUUGCAAAACGAGAGAGAGAGAGAGAGAGAGAGUAUAUUUUAAUUGUUUUGUUUUUGUAUAUUUUAAUGUUUUUGGAUAAUAUAGUUAUCUUUUUGACUUCUAUGCAUUUGUUUUAUUUUAUUUAUUUUUAUUGUGAAUCUGUAUAUGUACAAGCUUCCAUUGUUGAACGAAGGAAUGGAUCAACACCAACACCCAAACCCCAACAAAUACUCCACCCCCACCUUUCCGUUCUCGCUUUCCUUCUCCGUUUCCACCGCAUAAAACCUCUCCGCGAUCGCCUCGCACCGCUCUCCAACCUAACACACACAUGCAUUUCUGACUCCUGAAUCACUUUCGUUCUUAAAUCUCUACACUCGCGGACAUUCUUUCUGCCUUCUGGAAUCGAGGUUCUUCCUACCCAUUUUCAAAAUUUGGAGUUUUCGAUGAUCUCGGUUCCCUUUCUGGGUUUUGUUUUCCCUUCUCAAUUCUACAGCAUUUUCUCAGGAGAAUCUCGCCGGACUCUGUCGUAUCCACUUUGUAGCUCAGCGGGAGCUCCAUUUUUGGAUCAGCAGGCAACCUAAUUUCUAAUGCUUGGAGAGGGUGCUUGAUGUAAAAGGUGAAAAGUAAUAGAAUUUCCACAGCAGAGGCUGUUGCAUGUUUCUCAUAAUCUGAUCAGCUGACAAACUUAACAGGUUUGUUAUUGUUUAUAUUUUGGCAUUCUGCUUCCAGGAAGGUUGUUGGUCCUCACUUGUCCUGAACCUUUUUAACUUAUCAGAAACUGAACUCUUUCCAGCGAUCAUGUUUUCAAGAUCUUGCACAAGCUUUUUGGACUUGGCAUCUGGGAACCUGUUGGAUUUCCCUCAAACUCCUAGAUCUCUUCCACGCGUGAUGACCGUUCCAGGAAUUAUAUCUGAUGCAGAUUAUAUUGGAAGUAAUUAUGAUGAUACAGACGUUCCCUCAGCUGUAUAUCAGGAGAAGAAAAUAAUUGUGGCAAAUUUUCUCCCUCUACAUGCUCAAAAGGAUUCAGAAUCUAAAAAAUGGUCAUUCAGCUUGGAUGAGGAUUCACUAUUGCUACAAAUGAAGGAUGGGUUUUCAUCUGAAACUGAUGUUGUUUAUGUUGGGUCUCUAAAGGUUGAAGUGGAUGGAAGUGAGCAAGAAGAGGUCGCCCAGAAAUUACUAGAGGAGUUCAAUUGUGUGCCUACAUUUCUUCCUCCUAACCUGCAGAAGAAGUUUUAUCAUGGAUUUUGUAAGCAGUAUUUGUGGCCUCUUUUUCAUUACAUGCUGCCUUUGUGCUCGGAUCAUGGCAACCGCUUUGAUCGCUUGCUUUGGCAGGCAUAUGUUUCUGCUAAUAAAAUAUUUGCAGAUAAGAUAAUGGAGGUGAUUAACCCCGACUAUGAUUAUGUGUGGAUUCAUGACUAUCACCUUUUGGUUCUCCCUACCUUUUUAAGGAAGCGGUUUAACCGUGUUAAGCUUGGGUUCUUCCUGCACAGCCCGUUUCCCUCAUCAGAAAUUUAUCGAACUUUGCCAGUUAGAGAAGAAAUUCUGAAAGCUUUGCUUAAUGCAGACUUAAUUGGUUUUCAUACUUUUGAUUAUGCUCGUCAUUUUCUGUCAUGCUGCAGUAGGAUGUUGGGCCUGGAUUAUGAAUCCAAGAGGGGUUAUAUUGGGCUUGAAUAUUUUGGCCGCACAGUAUACAUAAAAAUUUUGCCUGUUGGGGUUCAUAUGGGUCAGCUUGAAUCUGCAAUGAACCUUCCCACAACAUCCAACAAAGUCAAAGAAAUCCAAAAACAGUUCAAGGGGAAAAAACUUAUUUUGGGUGUUGAUGACAUGGACAUUUUUAAAGGCAUCAGUCUAAAGUUACUAGCAAUGGAACAGCUUUUGCAGCUGCAUUCAGAAUUGCGGGGCAAAGUGGUUCUGGUUCAAAUUCUGAAUCCUGCUAGGAGCACAGGAAAAGAUAUCGAGGAAGCGAAAAGGGAAACAUAUGUGACUACUAGAAGGAUAAAUGAUCUUUAUGGUUUUCCAGGCUAUGAACCAGUUGUCCUAAUUGACCGUUCUGUGCCUCGCUAUGAAAAGUCUGCCUAUUAUGCUCUAGCAGAAUGUUGCAUCGUAAAUGCUGUGAGGGAUGGAAUGAACCUAAUUCCAUACAAGUAUAUUGUUUGCAGGCAGGGGACUCCAAAACUGAAUGAAGCUAUGGGAAUUCCCUCCGGUUCCCCUCGUAUGAGCAUGCUCAUUGUUUCUGAGUUUGUAGGCUGCUCACCAUCUCUAAGUGGAGCAAUUAGGGUCAACCCAUGGGACGUAGAGGCUGUGGCUGACGCACUAAAUGCGGCUAUCACAAUGCCUGAUUUAGAGACGCAGUUGCGGCAUGAAAAGCACUAUCGGUAUGUUAGCUCUCAUGAUGUGGCUUAUUGGGCCUGCAGUUUCAUGCAGGAUUUGGAGCGAGCCUGCAUAGAUCACUACAAUAAACGUUGUUGGAGCAUUGGUUUUGGCCUCAGUUUCAGAAUUGUGUCACUUUCACCAAGUUUUAGGAGGCUUUCCAUUAACCAUAUUGUUUCUGCAUACAAAAGGACAAGUAGAAGGGCAAUCUUUUUGGAUUAUGAUGGGACCAUAGUUCCCCAUCCUUCUAUUGUGAAAACCCCAAGCCCUGAAGUCAUUUCUGUUCUUAACAAUCUGUGCAGCGACCCCAAGAACACUGUAUUUAUUGUUAGUGGUAGGGGGAAAAGCUCUUUAAGUGACUGGUUUGGUCAAUGUGAAAAUUUGGGAAUAGCAGCUGAGCAUGGAUAUCUUAUGAGGUGGAGCAGGAUGUCAAAUUGGGAAUCCAGCCCCUUUGCUGCAGAUUUUGAUUGGAAGCGAGUUGCAGAACCUGUGAUGAAGUUGUAUACUGAAACAACUGAUGGCUCUUGCAUAGAGGCCAAGGAGAGUGCGUUGGUAUGGCACCAUCAAGAUGCAGACCCUGAUUUUGGAUCCUUCCAGGCAAUGGAGCUAUUGGAUCACCUUGAAAAUGUCCUUGCAAAUGAACCUGUAGUGGUUACCAGGGGCCGCCAAAUUGUUGAAGUAAAGCCACAGGGAGUGAGUAAGGGAUUAGUUGCAGACAAAGUUAUUUCCACCAUGAUUGGUAACGGGAAGCCUCCAGAUUUUGUGAUGUGCAUUGGGGAUGAUAGAUCUGAUGAAGACAUGUUUGAGAGCAUAUCUAAUUUAUCAUAUAAGCCAUUAUUAUCUGCAGUUCCAGAGAUCUUUGCAUGCACUGUUGGCCAAAAACCAAGCAAGGCUAGGUACUAUCUAGACGAUACUAUAGAUGUUAUCAAAUUGCUUCAGGGCCUUGUUGAUGCUUCCAUAUUAAAACCAAGGUGUAAUACAGAAUUUCAAGCAUCUAUUGGAAGUGCUGCUUGCAACGCAAGUGCCAAAAUAGGGUAGAAAAUCAAUGGUGGGAUAUCGCAAAUGAUGACUGGGUUUUGAGUUGGACUCUUGCUUGGACGGUUUUUCUUGUUAUGACAUAGGGAUUCUCUUGCAGGACUGGAGAUUAACCUUUUGGUUGUUGAUAUUAACUUAAUUAGUGUGUGCAUGGCGGGGCCUGGCUGAUGCAUCUCUCUUGGUUUUUUUCAUGAAAGGUUGAUCAAUACUUCGCAAUAUCCUGUAUUUAGAAGCAUCAAAGACAACUUACAGUUGAGUGUUUUCCCCUCCCCAAUGCAAAUAUAUUUCCUCGGCGUAUAUGAGCACUUGCACUUUUGGAGUUCUUCUCUGCUGUUUCUGAUAAUAAUGGGUAUUACUGGUAGGAGGUAUCAUUUCAUUUGUACCUUGUCACUUUUUUGCUCAUACAUGAAAAUCUUUCUGAUAUAUAUCUCUUGGGCCUCACUGCCUGGCUAACUCAAUGGAGGAUACUGUUAGUUCUGGAUUUUUUUUUUUCAUCUGUUUCAUGCUUUUUUAGGUACUGGCUAUGUUACUACGCACAGGUUCUACAUCCAUUUAAGGAUGUGGAAGUGUCUUUCACAUUAGAAUAUAGGGUGUUGCAGAUGAAAUGGGAUGGUUCUCAGGUUCUUGCUGCUUGUAUAUAGAGGUCACAUGCUUCCCAUUUUACAUCACUGUUCUUGCUUAUCCCUUUUCUUUAUUCUUUACAACUCAUGUUUAGACCCGUUUGUUUCAUUGUACAGUGUUAAUACACUUUCAAAUCUCUUAUGGUGCAACAUUUUAUGCAAAAACUUGAUAAUGCUUCCAAAA